UUAAUCACAGACUGGAACCAGAUGGAGUUUGUAGCGCAGCCGAACUGCCAGCAGCUGCUGGCCACUCUGUGGUACGACGGUUUCCCGGGCUGGAGGAGGCGACACUGGGCCGUCAAACUGGUGACCUGCUUCAUCAUCGGACUGCUGUUCCCAGUCUUCUCACUGAUCUACCUGUUGGCCCCAAAGAGCGCUCUGGGGCGCUUCAUCAAGAAACCCUUCAUCAAGUUCAUCUGCCACACCGCGUCCUACCUGACCUUCCUCUUCCUCCUGCUGCUGGCGUCGCAGCACAUCGCCCGCACCAACCUGCACAUGCAGGGACCCCCACCCACCAUCGUGGAGUGGAUGAUCCUUCCCUGGGUGCUGGGUUUUAUCUGGGCAGAGAUCAAGGAGAUGUGGGAUGGGGGAUUCACAGAGUACAUCCAUGACUGGUGGAACCUAAUGGACUUUGCCAUGAACUCCCUCUACCUGGCCACCAUUUCUCUGAAGAUAGUGGCUUAUGUCAAGUACAACUCCUCUCGUCCAAGGGAGGAGUGGGAGAUGUGGCACCCGACGCUGAUCGCCGAGGCUCUGUUCGCCAUCGCCAACAUCUUCAGCUCGCUCAGACUCAUCUCCCUCUUCACAGCCAACUCCCACCUCGGCCCUCUGCAGAUCUCUCUGGGGAGGAUGCUGCUGGACAUCCUCAAGUUUCUCUUCAUUUACUGUCUGGUUCUGUUAGCGUUUGCUAACGGACUCAACCAGCUGUACUUCUACUACGAGACCAAGGCUUCAGAAGAACCGAACAACUGCAAGGGGAUCCGCUGUGAAAGGCAGAACAACGCCUUCUCCACGUUGUUUGAGACUCUCCAGUCGCUCUUCUGGUCCAUAUUUGGGCUGCUCAACCUUUACGUCACCAACGUGAAAGCUCGGCACGAGUUCACCGAGUUCGUCGGGGCGACGAUGUUCGGGACGUACAACGUCAUCUCUCUGGUGGUUCUGCUGAACAUGCUCAUCGCCAUGAUGAACAACUCCUACCAACUCAUCGCUGACCACGCCGACAUUGAGUGGAAGUUUGCCCGCACCAAGCUGUGGAUGAGCUACUUCGACGAGGGCGGCACGCUGCCCCCUCCCUUCAACAUCAUCCCCAGCCCAAAGUCCUUCUGGUACCUCCUGAUGUGGCUCCACAACAAGCUGUGCAGGAGAGGCCAGCCGCCCGGAGAGGCCUCGCACAAAUGCGAAAACCUGCGAGAGUUCACGGAGCGCCACGCUGACAGCCUGAUACAGAACCAGCAUUACCAGGAAGUGAUUCGCAGUCUGGUGAAGAGAUACGUGGCCGCCAUGAUACGAAGCGCCAAAACGGACGAAGGGCUGACAGAGGAAAACUUCAAGGAGUUGAAGCAGGAUAUCUCCAGUUUCCGCUAUGAAGUCUUGGAUCUCCUCGGCAACCGGCGUCCUCCCCGGCGUCACUAUUCUUCAUCCAGCGAGACGACAAAAGACGAUGGCGCCAUGGCGUCAGAGGAUGAUAGCGAGUCAAGUGAUGGCCCUGGAGAAGGAGGUGGAGGAGGAGGAGUUGGAGUCCAGAAGUCGAAGAGCGUCACCUUCUCCAACCCGGUGGAGGACGACAGAAGGCCAGCACCAACGCUCGGCGUGUCUGCACUGGUGCGCUCCAUUUCAGGAAUGACGCGGAUAGACAAAGCAGAGGAGGGGAGACUGGAGGACAGAGUGGGGUGGGGAGAAGAGGAAGAGGAAGAGGAGGGGAAACCAAAAAGCAACGGGCUAAAGACGGCCGUCAUGCCUCCGUCCUCCACCAAUGUCCUCCCCUCUCCAUCGUCAUCAUUUUCCUCUUCGGUAUCGUCAUCGCUUGCUCGCACAAGGAGCCGCCUGCAGCGCCUCUCGUCCCCAAGCGCGAAGACAGACUCUUUCAAACGCCUCUCCUACCUGUUCUCCCGCUCCAAACGCAAAGCCCCGCCCACGCCGCUGCCUCUCCAGUCCCCGCCCUCGUACACCAUCUCCGACGGGCUGCUCCGCCCCCUCGGGAGCCACAGUCACUCUGACUUCGGACUCAGCGACGUCACCAGGAGCGACACUCACCUGAAUGAGGUGGGUCGCUCGGUGGACAUGCCGUCAUUCUCGCCGCUGAGAACCAAUGGGCGGGACUCGCUCCUGACGCUUCCCCUCCCACCGCCGUGCCCCUGCCAAUCCCUGCACUGUGCUUCCAACAUGUCUGAGUCCAGCUCGCGACUCCUGGACUCCAGCGAGGACGUUUUCCAGGGAGAGGGCAUAGAAGGGGCAGGCGAAGGAGGCAUGGAUGGAGGCGGCGGCGGGGGAAUGAUGAUGAUGGGCGGGUGGGUGGGACCAUGUGACGAUGUCUUAGAGGACAGCUGCGAUGUCAUAGAGGACUCUGUUACCACGCAGCUAUAGGAAAAAGCCGAAACUGUUUUUCUUUGCCUGUUUGCUCAAUACAAACAAAGAUGGCAUGAUACAGAGAGAGAGGGGCAUGGACACAAUGCAGCUGUUGGAUCUCUGCAUGACCAACUCUGGAUUUAUCUGGGCUUUGACUUUCCCAACUGUGACAGGAGGAGGGAUCCAAUAUGGCAGAUGUUUAUGGAGACAGUUUGACUCCUUUUGGGGGGUUUUCAGGUGACAUGGAAUAUAUAUUUGUCCACUGUUGUUGGUUUAACUCUUCAAGGGCUCUGCUCAACUAAAUAUGUGUAAAAACUCAGUGCACACCAAUGGAUCUGUGACCAAAGCAACUAGCUAGCUAUAGGUUGCCUAACCAGCUAGCUAACUAAAGAUUUUAAAUGUUAACUUAGAUUAUCCACUUUCCAACAAGGGAUGGAAAGUGGAUGGUAGUGAUGCAAUAUUUUAUUAUCUGCUGAGCUAAUGUUAAAUGUUAUCAGCCUGACCACUAAUUAGUUUAGCUACAAUUAGCAAUAGUAGCUAGGCUACAAUUAGUUUACCAAAGCUAAUAUUAGCCAGGGUAAUUGUAGCUUAGGUUCAGUUGUUUCUGCUCAUCUGGAGAAAGUUACGGGACAUCCAUGUGUUAGCUUGUUUUAUGUAAUGUCAGUGAGAAAACUAGCUAGCUGAUUAACCAAUGUGCUAACUUUAGCUAGCUAGCAGCUAAGAAAUAGCUUGUUAGCGACUUGAUAUCAGUUUGGCACUUCUGAACCUAUAUCAUACAGCUAACUAGCUAAUUUUAAGUUCUCUGACAAAGUACCAAAAAUGGAUUUGCCACUAAGGUGAGCUAACAGCUACCUAACCUCCUAGCUGGUUUUAAAGCUAUUAAGCCAACAUUAA